AUGCCUAGAGAGAGGGUGGUGCAGGGUUGGGUGACCAAUACGUUCUUAUUCAGGAUGUGUGCUAGAUUUGCUGUGAUGGCAGAUCUGUUGGAUUUACUGCCGCUCCAUUGUUUGCCAUUGCCGCAAUUUGGUUUCUGGGGUUUGGUCUAUGCCUUUGCAUCUUAUGUGUUCGCCACUGCUGCUGCCACUGCCUCAAACAGUCUUAUGGCAAUUCAAAAUCCAAAUAUGCUCUGUCUCUACUUGGACUAUUCAUUACAGCAGCAGUGUAGUGUCGGAAGCAUCAUCCUGUUCACCGGCCAGGAGAAGUUCCAUGGAAGCACAAGUAGCACACUGAAAUAUGUGGUGAAGCAGGCUGAUACUACGGUUGAAAAGCUUAGAAAUGUGUCUGAUUACCUUGCUGCUGCUAAGCGUGUCGGAGUGGAUCAAAUAUUCUUACCACCCAAUGCCCAGAACAACAUUGACAGAGUAGAAACUGAGAUUAAUUCUUCAGCAACCAAACUCGAGAGAAAAACAGACCAGAAUUCAGAUAAGAUUCAGCAUGUGUUGAAUUCAGUAAGAUUGGCUGUCAUCAUUAUUGCAGCUUUGAUGCUCCUCUUGGCUUUACUUGGCUUCUUUCUAUCGGUGUUAGGAGUUCAGCCACUUGUGUCCCUAUUGUCAAUUUUUGGGUGGAUCUUGGUCACUGUUACAUUCGUUUUAUGUGGACUUUUUGUCAUUCUCCACAAUGCAAUGGGUGACACCUGUGUUGCCAUGGAAGAAUGGAUCCAAAACCCCACAGCCCACACAUCCAUGGAUGAUAUCCUUCCCUGUGUGGACAAUGCAACUGCCCAAGAGACCUUGUUGCAGAGCAAAGAUGUUACCUUCCAGUUGGUCCGUGUAGUCAACAGAUUCAUUGGCAACAUCUCAAACCAUAACUUUCCAGCAGAAAGUGGCCCUUUUUACUACAACCAGUCUGGCCCUUUAGUGCCACUCCUUUGUAAUCCUUUCCAUCAUGAUAAAACUGAUAGAAGAUGUGCUGAUGGUGAGGUCAACUAUGACAAUGCGUCACAGGAAUGGAGGAAAUACAUCUGUGAGGUCUCAGCAAAUAAUCUUUGCACUUCAGUGGGCCGCUUGACAACCGUAUUCUAUGACCAGAUGACGGCCAUUGUCAAUGUAAGCUACGGCUUAUAUCACUACAGUCCAUUCCUUGUCGGCCUACAAGACUGCUCUUUCGUUCGAGAUGCCUUCCGUGAAGUUGAAAAGGAUCACUGUCCAGGCCUAAGGCUCUAUAGUAAGUGGAUCUAUGUUGGGUUGGCUUUGGUUUCUGCUUCAGUAAUGCUUUCAUUGGUGUUCUGGGUGGUUUAUGCAAGAGAGCGACGGAAACACCCGGUUACCGAACAGUUUAUACCUCUGACAGAUCAAGAUCAGUCGGGAGUAGAAAGAGGUCGAGAUUAACUGUGCCAAUGCAUCGUGCGAAUUCUCAUUUAAUUCUAUUUUUUGUCUACUGUGGAAAAGGAUUCUCAACACAUCAUGUACGGUAUUGGAAAAUUCAAUAUUUGUGAUAAACACGAGAGAGACUAUAAAUCACUUUCAAGUUUC